CCUCGAUUGGUUUGUUCUAUUUCGAAAAUCUCAGCUUGGUUAAAUGUGAUUAAAAUUUUAUGUAAAUGAUCUGGUUGUGUUUUGUGUAAUACUCAUUGCCAGCUAUAAUAAUAAUCUCGUAUUUAAAUCGGAGCCCGAUGAAUAUAAAGUGCAUAAUUAAAAUCAAGGUCCAAUUCGUUGAUGUGAAUUAUUCAAUUAUAUACAAGUACUUUCCCAUUGAAUAACCCUGGUCGUGGUAAACAGCUAUUAAUAUUGUGCUGACAAAACUCGUGACAAUCGGUGGACAGGGAGGCGACGGACAGACCGCCACAACAUGUUAAAAGUGUUUCGAAGCAUUAUAAUCGGUGCCCCGGGUUCGGGAAAGGGCACAAUCAGUACCCGUAUUAUACGGGACUUUCGACUCCCGUAUCUGUCCAUCGGUGACCUCUUGCGCGACCACAUCAGCCGCCAGAGCGAAGUGGGCCGCGAGGCCGAGGGCUAUAUCGCUGCCGGCAAACUGGUGCCCGAUCUGGUGGUCAACAAACUGGUGAUCAACGAAUUGGUCCAUCACUACAACGACAAGUCAUUCCUGAUGGACGGCUACCCGCGCACCAUAGCUCAGGCCCGCGAGCUCUGGUCGCACCACUCGCUGAGGCCCAACAGUGUGAUUAACCUUCAGGUGCCCGACGACGAGAUCAUUGAACGCAUAAAACACCGUUGGAUUCACUCGGCGUCCGGCCGUACGUAUCACACGCUCUACAAUCCGCCGAAAGUGGCCGGAGUUGACGACCAGACGGGCGAACCCCUGGUCCAGAGGGAGGACGACAAAGAGCAUGUGGUUAUGCAACGGCUCCUGGAGUACAAAAGGCAGUCCGACGUUAUUAUAGACUAUUUUAGAGAUAAAGGGAUUUUAGAGAACUUUGUCGGCAGAAAAUCCAAUGAAAUCUACCCUAAAGUGGAGCUCUAUUUGAGUCAAUUGAUCGAUAGAUCCGUUCAGUGAUGUCCACACGAAGACACUGUCAAAGGUGAAGACAUUAGAUGGUAUUCGUGACCACAAUAUUUGCUAUUAAAACAAAACAAUCAAUGAUUAAAAUCUCAUUUUUAAUUUGAUAUAAUUUUAUAGUUAAUUAACGCAUAAUUUUGACGAAAUAUAUUAAAUGACAUUUUAUUUUGAAA